AUGGACAGUGAGUAUACACUAGUGAAUAUAGGUACUCUCUUUUGUCAUUUAAAAUUAAUUUUUGGAUUACGAUUUAUUUCAGUUUAUAUCUGAAUCUUGUCUUAGUAUUAUUUUAUUUAUCGGGAAAAAUAAAAUAAGCCAAACCGUAUUAAUAUAUACAUUUUAAUUAAGAAAUAUGUGUGGCCAAUAAACGUUUAUAACCUUAGUCCGACAUUUUACUAAGUAUUACGUUUGUUUAAAUAUGAAGCUUAUUACACACAAUAUGCUCACAUCAAAGUGUUUAAAAGGUGUUACAACUGGUUACCCACUUUCUAUAAAAGCAACAAAUGUGAAAGUGACAGAAGUAGAUUUUAAUCCAGAAUUUAUUACUCGAAUAAUACCCAAGUUGGAUUGGGACGUUCUUUGGAGUGCUGCAGAUAGUAUUGGUCAUAGCGAAGGACUACCAAAAACAGUAGAACCAAAAUUUGAAGAUGAUGAGGAAUUUUUAAAAAAAGCUCAUAGAGUAUUACUAGAAAUUGAAGUUGAGGAAGGACAUCUUACAUGCCCCGAAUCAGGAAGACAGUUUCCAAUUUCUAAAGGCAUUCCAAAUAUGUUAUUAACAGAAGCUGAAGUUCAAUAAAGUAGUAAAAGUAUAUAA